CACCGGCAAAAGUAGUUUUAUACAAUAUCCUCAAUAAAAAUGCUGAAGAUAAAUCAGCGAUUCCUGCUGCAGCAAUUCGUACGCCACGCCCACAACCAGGUGCGCGUCCGCUUUGCUCCCAGUCCAACGGGUUACCUGCAUUUGGGCGGAUUGCGCACAGCCCUCUACAAUUUCCUGUAUGCCAGACAUUUGGGUGGCAAAUUCCUACUCCGGAUCGAGGAUACGGAUCAAACGCGACUGGUUCCGGGUGCCAGUGAACGGCUGGUGGAGGAUCUUCUCUGGGCGGGCAUAGAAAUCGACGAAGGACCAGGUUUUGGCGGUCAACUGGGACCUUACAUACAAAGUCAGCGGACGGAUAUCUACAGUAAAGCCAUUGAGGAACUCUUGCAAAAUGGCACCGCCUACAGGUGUUUCUGCACCGAACGACGUCUGGAUUUGUUGCGUAAGGAGGCGCUGCGAACCCGGCAAGUUCCACGCUACGAUAACAAGUGCCGACAUCUCACAACGACGGAAGUGGAUUCACUCCUGGCUAAGGGAACGGCCCACUGCAUCCGAUUCAAGCUGACGGAUCACGAGGAACCGCUCGAUGAUCUGAUUUACGGCAAGGUGCAUCACAAUGUCAGCGAUACCGAGGGAGAUCCUGUGGUUAUGAAAAGCGAUCAGUUUCCCACUUAUCACUUUGCCAACGUGGUUGACGACCAUCUGAUGGGCAUUACACAUGUCUUGCGGGGAGUCGAGUGGCAGAUAUCCACCACCAAGCAUUUGCUGCUCUACAAAGCUUUUGGCUGGCAACCACCUAAAUUUGGUCACCUGCCGCUUCUCGUGAAUGCAGAUGGCACCAAGCUUAGUAAACGCCAAGGAGACAUUGGCAUCCAGCAUUUUCGGCAACGGGGUUUCUUUCCUCAAGCUUUAGUUAACUAUGUGGUUUCUGCGGGCGGAGGAUUCGAGCAUAGGGUCAAUGCCAAGCAGCAAUUGCUUACUAUGCAGGAACUCUACGAGCAGUUCCAUAUAGAACGCGUUAACUCUCAUCCCAGUCGACUAAAUCCUGAGCUUCUGGAUGAUCUAAAUCGUUUGGAGAUUGCACAACGUUUAUCGGAUAAAGAAAGCCGUUUAAAUUUGGUAAAUGAAGUUCAAGAGCUGGUAAAAACAGCCUACCCACAGCACUCCAACUUGGAUUUAGCUGAGAAUCACAUAGUGGAUGUCCUUUAUUGGUCUUCACAGCGUUUAACACUGCUCCAAGAUUUGACCAGCAGCAAGUUGAGUUUCCUGUGGGUAAAACCCUCAGAUUUUCAACUAAAGGAUUUGACAACCAAACAAUUAAUUAGCCUACUUAAAGUACUUAAAGCACACCAAGAAUUUAACAAAGAUGAGCUCAACGUUAAGCUGAAAAACUUUGCUAAAGAAGAAAACAUCAAAUUCCCGGUGAUGAUGAAAACCCUGAGAGCAGCUUUAAGUGGCCUAAAAGAAGGACCUGGAGUGGCGGAAAUGAUGGAGAUCCUUGGCCCAUCUGUAACCCUCGAACGACUAAGCGAAGCUGUGCCGAAAGAAAGUCUUCACUUAGAACAAAAUCAAUAAUUUG